AUGGCUGUGGAUCCACUGAGUCUGCCCGGCGACGGGGCGGCGGGGACUGUCGCCGGAUCCUGUUUCAUUUUGUUCUUGCAGAAGGAAACUCCACUUGCCAACGCUGCAUUCUGGGCAGCCAGGAGAGGAAACCUGGCGCUGCUGAAGCUGCUGUUGAACAGUGGCCGGGUGGACGUGGACUGCAGAGACAGCCACGGCACCACGCUCCUGAUGGUUGCUGCCUACGCUGGCCACAUAGACUGUGUGAGGGAACUGGUUCUGCAAGGAGCAGACAUCAAUCUCCAGAGAGAGUCAGGUACAACUGCCCUAUUCUUCGCCGCCCAGCAAGGCCAUAAUGAUGUCGUGAGAUUUCUCUUUGGAUUUGGAGCAUCCACUGAAUUUAGGACCAAAGACGGGGGCACCGCCCUCUUGGCUGCCAGUCAGUACGGGCACAUGCAGGUGGUGGAGACCUUGCUGAAGCACGGAGCAAACAUCCAUGACCAACUUUAUGAUGGAGCCACUGCCCUCUUCCUAGCUGCCCAAGGUGGUUACUUGGAUGUUAUUCGAUUACUGCUGGCUUCAGGAGCAAAAGUCAACCAGCCAAGGCAGGACGGGACAGCGCCCCUGUGGAUCGCGUCCCAGAUGGGCCACAGCGAGGUGGUGCGGGUGAUGCUGCUGCGCGGAGCCGAGCGCGACGCUGCGCGGAACGAUGGCACAACGGCAUUAUUGAAAGCAGCCAACAAAGGGUAUAAUGAUGUCAUAGAAGAGUUGCUUAAAUUCUCACCCACUCUUGGUAUUUUGAAGAACGGGACAUCAGCGCUCCAUGCAGCAGUGCUCAGCGGGAACAUUAAAACAGUUGCGCUGCUCCUAGAAGCAGGGGCAGACCCAUCCCUGAGAAACAAGGCCAAUGAACUUCCGGCAGAACUAACCAAAAAUGAACGCAUAUUGCGUCUCCUGAGAAGUAAAGAAGGUCCUAGGAAGAGCUAACUUAGCUCCAUAUCUGACAGAAAGAUAGAAAGUUUAACCACAUUGUCCAAAAAGAAAUUGCAUUUCAAGCAGUGUUGGAAAUUCUUUUAUGCAAAAAAAAUGCCCAGAAUGCCCACCCUGUGGGUCCCUGACAAAGAAGAGCUACGCUCUGUGCACCCAGUCAAGAACCAAACAGCUCAGGGCCCCCCUUACCCCCUCACCGUGGGCUUCUCACAGUGUCCUGUAACUCAGCUCUGGGGCUGCCUGGCAUGUUCGCAGAUUCCACAGAAACUCAUUUUCAACGAUGCUAACUUGGGCCUCUCAGUUAAACUCUAAGGUGGACAGGGUUCUCAGUACUAAGCAAGAAGACGGAAUGCUUUGUUCCUUUAAAAGACUGAAAAGCUGACCUUCAAUGGAUUGAUGCACUUUUGCUUUUGUGUUAAAUGUAGGUGUGCUAAAAUAUAUAGAUCUAUCAUAUUUUACCUACAUAUAUAUGUCAUUCCAGUAUAAAAUGUUCUCCUCUACCCAAGAACCAUAGCCAUGAUUGUUAUAAAUCAAUGAGGUGUCAACAUAUGUUAUUAAAAAACCACUUCUGACAUUCCAUUGUGUGCUAUUCAAAGAUGGACUAUUGAACUAUAGAAAAGACAGACUGUGCAUUUAUUUGUUCGUUGAUCCUCAUCUUAUUCCUGACAUGUAAAAAUCAAUUUUACAUAGAGUCAACAUUGUAGGUAGGUUACGAUACCGGUGGCAAAUUUGGAAAUUCAGAAAAUUAUAAACCACGAGAAAUAUAUAGGCUUGUCUCUUUGGUCUUUUAUUUUGGCUCUGUUGUUGGGAAUCUAUUUCCUAUGCCGUAAGUACACCUAACAUGCUGUGGAAUUUUCAGUUUCCAACACAGUGUUGCUUCAUAGAAUGACUUUGAGGUCCUUGGAUAAAAUGUGAUAUAUGCAAGUACAAUAUGUUGCUAUUACUGUUGCAGGAGUAUAAAUAAUAAAAGACCGUUGUUAGUACUUAGUAAGUCUUCAUCUAUGCAUGUUUUUGAGUUGACUGAUUGCAAGAAUGAAAUCUGAGUUUUAUUGAAUUAUUCCUUUGAAGAGGAUCAAAACUUAUAUUCAAUGCACUUUAUAAUUAAUGGUGUCUAAAUGCCUCAGUCAGUGCCUAACUGCACAUACAAAAAUAAAACCUUUCUGUAAUUUACCAAAAUAAACGCAAUGGUAUUUCUGCUAUUUAAA